AUGACAUCUCGUGGAAUAAUUAAUGACGUAUUGCCUCCUAUAUGGUCUAACAAAUGGUUUCGGCGGGCUGUGGGUGAAUCCUCAUCAAAAAAACAGAUAGUUUUUUACGAAAGUGUAGGUAUGUUGCAGCAGCUAAAAACACUAAACAUUGGCCUUGGUUAUGAGAGGCUGUCUUAUUUCCUCUUAAGUUUUAAUGAAUAUAUUUAUCAUGAAGGGUUCUUUCAUAAUUGUCUUUUGGCUUCCAGCAGAUCAAAUUUGCAAUUGUUUAUGUUUGAACACCCUACAUUUUUGAGUCUUUCGUACUUGAUCAGAAUUUCUCUAAAAAUUUCUUCCAUUUUGGGAGCUGUAUUGGGAAAGGGAGAAUUGGUUUGGCCAUCAAGUAUGUCGAUUGCUAGCCUUAAGAACACUGGAAUGAAUACAGAGUCAGUUAAUCGAGAGCAUACAAAGCUCUGUUUUGUAAUAAUUUUGUGGAGUGUUUUGUCAAAUUAUAUCUGUUUAACGUUUUUACCUGAAGUAAAAAAGGGAACAAAAAUAUUUUAUUUUCAACAGUCGAAAGAUAUGAGCAAAUUUUUCAAAAUAACCAUGGGAAUAUGGAGGCGGCUUGAUAGAGAGAGAAAAAGUAGUCUUCCCUGUCCUUUGUGCAUUAACCAGGAGGCUGAUGCUAUGGCCAAAUCUCUUGUUCGAGAGACUAUUUUGUCCAGUAAUAUAAUUUCAAAUAAGGAGGACAAAUUUGGAAACCUCAAUUCUUGUGCAAUUCUCCGUUUUGCCUCUCGAAAAAAAAAUAGUUUCGAAGUGUACUGCCUAGUACAGCAACGACUUUCACAUUUCAAAUCUGUUGUACGUGAUGUUAGAAAUAAUACCGUCUGUCGUUGUAAUAGAAUGCAACAGAAAAACCUGGACACUGAGUUUCUUUUCUGCUCACCACCAGUGCGAGUCAGCAUAAUUAAAGCUAUGUAA